GCCCGUAACGAUGGUUUUCGGUACAAUAAAAUAGCUAAGGGUUUUAGCGUAUUUUUAAUCAUGUUUAUCGACGUGGUGUGUUGAAAAACAAGAUUUUUUUCUUAUUCAAACAGAAGAUCCAUUUGAUGGCUACUAUUGAAUGCUAACUGUCAACUAACCGUCGUAAGCUAAAGGUAAUAAAGUAGUUCUGCCUUUUAAUUGGGAUAUGAAGAAAGUAGUCCCUGUCGUCAAGGGGGUGUGGGCGAGUCACAGUGUAUAAAUACGCCGGACUGUCAAACAGUAAAGUUUCAGUGGAGCCAAAGAGUAAGAUGGAGUCGAGAAGGUAGACAGUCCUUUGAAUUCAUAGAAGUUGUGGGACGAGGAGUUAAACAUGACGUCGUUAUGAAAAAUCUCAACAUUUUAAACCCGCGAACUUUGUUCUGAAAUCAGACAUAUCAGGCGGAAGAAUAAUACAGAGGAGUAUACGGCGAGCUCGCACAUCAGUGCCAUCAGUCUAAGUUGGGACAUCUAAACGGGAUUAACAAGGACCUGCUGCCUUUGCCGUGAUGAAGCUAAAAGAAUCAACCACUUUUCAAUAAACCGGUGGUACAAACCUUCUUCGGCUGCUUCAGCUGCCCUUUAGAACCACUGCUUAGAACAUUUUGUUCCCACAGCGGCUCCAUCCAGGUGCAGCCAUGCAUCUAGAGGUGAAAGUUGCCCUGAACUUCAUUGUGUCCUACCUGUACAACAAGUUGCCUCGCCGUCGAGCUGAUCUGUUCGGUGAAGAGCUGGAGAGGAUACUGGUUUCUCGUUUCGAGGGACAUUGGUACCCAGAGGCCCCGCUCAGAGGUUCCGCUUUCCGGUGCAUCCACUUGGGAGCGCCGAGUGACCCUGUGGUGGAGUUGGCGGCCAAAAGAAGUGGACUGGACAUGGAGGAAGUCCGCGCAAAUGUUCCAGCAGAGCUCAGUGUGUGGAUAGACCCUUUUGAGGUGUCCUACCAGAUUGGAGACAAGGGGGCAGUGAAGGUGCUUUACCUAGAGGACCCCCCAGGCCUUGGUUGUGACAGUGAGAGGGCUGAGGGGGAGAUUAAAGAGGGGAUAGGGGAAGCGGAGUUGGAUGAGUCUAAGAACCUUUGCUUCAAUCCUGACGCUCAGGUGUUUGUGCCAGUAGGAAGUCAAGCAUCCCCUGCCCUCAUGCCGUCCCUCUCCAGCUCUCCCACACCUCCGUCUGCUCCGUCCUGUUCUGGGUUCUUCAGCUACCCAAGCUCCAGCACACCCACAGACCCCGGGGUCCACUCUUCCAACACCUCCACGCCGUCUCCUCCGAGCAUUGGGCUGCCCUUCCUCCCCGCUCAGCAGCUGCCCCCUGCUCUUCCUCUUGCCCGACCACAACCCAUCACCUUCACCACCGCCAGCUUUGCUGCCACGAAAUUCGGCUCCACCAAAAUGAAAAAGUGCACCGUGGCCGGGCCUGCAGCUGGCCCGGGUGUCAUCGUUCCACCUUCCCAGAGGAUGCUUUCCCAGUCUCCCACCACCAUCCCGACUCCAGAGCUACUCAAGCACAAGCCCCUGUCGUUGUCGUUGCAUUCCCUCGGCGGUCCCGUCCCCAGCCAGCUCUCUCCUAGCGCCAAAGAGUUCGUUUACCCAGGAUCCCCCGGUUACUUCGACACCGACACCCAGCCCGUGCAACCUCACUCCAGCCCUUUCCAGCCCCCACACACAGUCGGCACCACCCCGACCUUCGACCCGUUCUCCAACCCUCCAGCUCCAAGCGUGGGUAUAAUCGGCAGCGACGGAGGAAUCUCUUACACGGAGAAGCCGCCGUUUGAUGGUUUGGGAAGCUACGGCCUGCAAUAUCCCAGCCAGUCUUUCCAGCCCGUGGUGCUGGCCAACUAAGCCUUCACUUGGUACAGGAAUGGUUCAUAGAGAGUUGGACGAUGAUGAUGAUGAUUUCUAACAAAUUGCUCAAAGGCUAACACACGUCAGGAAGUAGUUUUACUACAAAAAAGGAACUUGCCCACUGAAUACUUCACGUUUUUGUAUCUCCGUAAACCUCAGUCCCACCCUUCCCGAGUCCAUUGUUACUCCUCAGCACUUUUGUCUGCGUUGAUGGGAGAGGGUGAGUUUGCAUCGACCUUUUAGAUCUCGCUAAUCUGACGGGCGUUAUUUUGCACUGAACGUUGGCGCGGGAGACAUUUAUUUGGCUCGUAUUUUAGUGGACAUAACUCCGGUAUAGCUCCAUUUUGCACUGCGCUGUCAUGCUGUGAAAAAGGACUUUGCCAAGUCCUGCAGGGAACGACUGCUGUGGAAAACUCAGCACUUUGCCCUGCAAUCUGCUCUGCCCUACUUGCCACAAAUACAGAAAAGAGGAGAUGGAGGGGUGGGGUGGGGUGGGGUUUGCUGCCGUCUCUGUGCAGUCCUGCUCUGUUUUGUUAUGGCUCCAUCAAGGGGCUGCUGGUUGGAGGAUGAUCUUUAAAUCGGCUGCAGCGUCCAUUCCACCUGUUUUGAAAUGAUGCCAGAGCAGAGGAGCGGCUUCGCUGAGUUGGAAAGUGACAAUGAAGAAUGUAUCACGGGGGGGGAAAAGCUGUUUUUGAAUGUGAAGGAUGAGUUGAUCUGCGUUUUAGACGAUGACCAAGUGCUGAUACCUCAAACACGCACACAGGGAAACAACCAGACACUACAUGUAUUAAUGUUUUCAUCCACGAUGUUCCAGGCAGCAGCGUGUGAAGGUGAAAAGGCGGAGAGGGGGAGGGGAUGCAGAAGCUGAGCUGUAGGGAUUGUGAUAAAUAGCUUAGCAUGACUUUGACUAUGAAGGAGAGGUUUUUCCUCCGCAUGGACAGGAGGGAGGGAGACCGGGAAACCAGGGAGAGAAAUGUCUAGAUGGUUCUGCGCCGAUCAGGAUUGAAAAGGGACGCGUUGAAACUCCGAGCACGUUGGUGGUAUUGAAGCCAAAGGCUCUCGCUAUUCUCUCCAUCCUCUUGAAAUUCUCCAGCUGUCUGUUUCUGUUGCCGGGGGGGGGGGUACAGUCCGGGUUACUUUGUUCCCAGCUGCAGUGAUGUGAACCAAAACAGAGGUUCUCCACUACUGCAGCUUCACCAGGUAUCUGAGACUCCGUCCUAACAUUGUAUAUUUAACAGCCGGGUCGGAUGUCCCCACAGGGACGUUUGAGACGUCCAGCUGUUCAGCACUUUACUAGCGGGCAUCCCGAUGUCCCCACGUUAAACCGUCCCUUCAUCCUCCACCUGGUCGGCCGUUGCACAUUUUAAACACUUUAGAGAUUAAGAGGAGAUGAAUUCCCGUCUCACCACGGCGGUAACAAGAUGCCGUCACACCUUUUUAUUCUUGGUCGUUUUCCAGACUUGAGUUUAGCUUUUGGCUUUUCUGAUGCGACGGUGUUUUCUUUCUUUAUUCUGAAGGGAAGGUGUUGACAUGUUUUAAAAUGGUACCGUUUUCCUGGAAGAUGUUCUUUUUCAUAAUUUAUUUCUAAUAUUUCUUUUUUUUUUUCACUUGGGUUUAUAUGAGAUUGUGACUCCAAAAUAUGUAUAUAAAGCUUUCUGUAGUUUCUUAUAUCCUAAUUUUCUUUUUUUCCAGAACUUAAAAAAAAAUAUGCAAACAGACAAAAUAAAGAUGUACAGAAUAAA